CACCGGAAACGCAUGGACAUGACGAAGCUCUUUCUGCGUCAUGUGUGUUUGAGGCUCCGAGGGACUUUCCUCUUCAGGAACGAGAAAUAAUGGAGAAGCUGUGACAAACAGGGUCAUCCACAUUGACACCUGAUUGUCAUCCAAUUCAUUUACCUCCCUGACCCUCAUUAUCACCUUCACCAAACUGGUGGCAGAUGGGACAUCUACCUGGAAACAUCCUGACGUGUGCAUCUGAAUCGGAUACAAUAGGUCAGUCAUGCAGUCCUGCAGUUCUGCUCAUUGUGUCCUGAUCUUACUGAUCUCUACAUUUACUACAGAAUCUUCUAACAUCCUGUGGAGGGCCAGUGGAGAACCGCAACUUUCAAGGACUGCAUCAAAUGAUUAUUCGGUCAAGGUAAAGCUUCAUGACUCUGCCACUCUGCCCUGCUCUGAGAGAUGUUCUGGUUCAGCGAAAUGGACUGUGUUCACUAAACGCCGUGACACUCUGGCUGAGUGUGAUCAGACUUCAUGCAGAUCAGUGAAGGAGGGAUAUCAGAUGAUCCAUGAUCAGUACCUGAAGGGGAAUUUUUCCCUCAUUAUCACUGAUGCUGAUUUCAGUAAGAGAGGCUGGUACACAUGUGACUGUGAUGACAAAGACAUCUGUGAUGUUCAGCUACAGAUUGAGUCCUUGAACACUACAGUUGAGAUGAUGGCCGGUGAAUCUCUGAUCCUAAGGCUGGACGUAUCAGAUCCAGUGGACGUGAUUUAUAACAGUACAGGUACACCUGGACCAUCCAGUGGUCAGAUCUGUACAGUGGAUGGACCCUCACUACAGUGUAAACCUGAAUACACACAGAGAUCAUCACUCACAUCUGGUGUUGAGCUGAGAAGAAUGACUCCAUCAGACAGUGGAGUUUAUACUGUAAUGGACAGCAGGAAUAAAGAGGUCAUUCACACCUACACAGUGACCGUCCAAGAUGUACAACAGACUAGGAUAUGGAAGGAUGGAUAUCGGAAGGGAAAUGAAGAUGGAUAUCGUAACGGAUUUGGAAUUGGAGCAGUGGUUUUUGGGAUUGUAGCACUGGCUUUUGGUGUAAUCCUGGGAAUGCUUGCUGGGCCACAGGUUUGUCCCCUGACAGACACACAUGUCAUGAUAUGCAGAAGAGAAGAAACCUCAGGCGGAAAAAGAGAAGAACCCUCAGACACAUCCAGCAGACAAAGCAGCCAAGCAACACUCCAAGCAAGAUCCCCAAACCAAGCCCAAAGCAAAAUUGGUAUUUCUUCCAAAACCUCCAUGUCCAGUUCUCCUUCCCAUCUAAAACAAUUAAACACAGUCUCAUAA